GGCGUUUGAAUCCCCAGAUUUUGCCUCCAACUCGCGGAGUCGAGUCCGCGAUGCCAUGGAGACAAAUGAAGCGGUGCUGCUGGCGGUGUGCGCCAUGUUCCUCUGGGGCUCCUGGGCCAACACGUUGCUGCUCUUCCGGGAUCGCUUCGAGCUCUAUCUCUUGGACUACGCCUUCGGUCAUCUUCUUGCUGGAUGCGUUGGACUGCAGGAGCAGUGGAGCGGUGUCGGCGUGGCGACUACGUUGGGGUGGUGGCAUUGCAGCAACAGCACCUCACCACCACAGCGGCUGCCGCUGAGCUCGAUGUGCUGGAUCGAGGACGCGGUGCUGUCCCUGCGCCACGUGAGCGGCGGCGCGGGCGUGGGCGUGGUGCUGGCCAGCGGCUGCGCGGGGGUGCUCUUCGCCAUAGGCUCACUGCUGUGCGUGGCUUCCAUCGACCUGGCCGGCAUGGCGCUGCCCACCUUGGUGAUGCUCUCCGUGGAGAUGGCGCUCGGGGUGCCGCUGCUGCUUCUCAUCGAGGGCUGGGGCACCGCCGGUCACGUGGCCCUGACCCUCUCAGGCGUGAUGGCGGUUCUCUUGGCCGCCCUCUUCGACGGUUGGUGCCACUGGUCCCUGCAGUGCGACCGCGCGCGCGCGGAGCGCGCCGAGCGCCUGGAGCGCUUCGAGCGCUCGGAGCUGGAGGCGCUGCCAGGCCAAUGCCUCGGGCUGUCGAGCCAAUUCAGCAGCCUCAGCUUCUGGUCCUUCCGCGCCUCCUUGGCUGCCAGCGACCGCGCGGAGCGCUCCGCCGCGGAGCGCUCGGCGGAUCGGGCGACGGCGACGCUCAGUUUCCUGGCGCACGGCUCCAUCCCGUCGCUGAUUCCGCAGGUUCGGAGGAGUCAGCGAAAUGUGCGAGGUGAGAGGUCUUCGAAAGCCACGGGCCUGGCGUUGGCCGCCUGUGGCGGCGCCUGCUUCGCCCUGUGGCCCUGCGUGGGGUCGCUGGUGGAGGGCCAGGGCUCCGCAGACUGCCGCGUCUGCCUGAGGCCGGCCGCCUUCUUUCUGCUCUAUGCCGCAGGCGCGGUGCUGGCGGCCCUGGCGAUUCUGCCCCCCAUCUGCCGCUGGCCGCUGCACUCAGG